UAACCGCAAAGCUAGCCUUCAUUUCAGCAGCUUUUUGAGAGGCAGGUAAGGAUCCUGCACCGAGGGAUGAGAGGUGUCGCUGCAGUAAAUUAGCUCCUAUUGGAGAAAACUCUGUCAUGUGACCACUAAUGGACGUUCGUCUGUAGAUGCAACAUGCACAAUAAUGGAUAAGUUUGUGAUUAAAAAAGCCAAAACUAAAAGCAAAAGGACUCUUGUUGAUGACACUGGCAGUCCUACAGAGGACCUGACGAGAAAGAAGUGUAGGACUGAAGAGGCUGACGCUCGGCUGGAACAGACUUGUACAUGGAAGAGGAUCCGUGAAGAAAACCUGAGCUGUGAUUAUACCUCUCUAUUCAACAAGGCAGAAGCUGAGGAGAUCUUUCAGCAGCUAGAAAAAGAUAUUGUAUAUUUUACAGGAGACUUGAGUAAAGUUCAAGUAUAUGGUAAAUGGCAUAAUGUUCCAAGGAAGCAGGUGACUUUUGGUGAUGAAGGACUGACCUAUACAUUUUCUGGCAUCACAUUGUCUCCCAAACCAUGGAUUCCUGUGCUGAACCUUAUACGGGAGAGAGUACAAUUGGUCACGGGGCACUCUUUCAACUUUGUUCUUAUUAACAGAUAUAAAGAUGGUAAUGACCAUAUCGGUGACCACAGAGAUGAUGAAAAGGAGCUGGUUCCACAAAGUCCCAUUGCGUCUGUGUCUUUUGGAGCUUGUAGGGAUUUUGUCUUUCGACAUAGAGACUCACGAGGCAAAAAUUCUGUGCGUACGAUUGAACCUGUGAAGCUGGAGCUAGAGCAUGGUAGCUUGCUUAUGAUGAACUUCCCAACCAAUGUCUACUGGUACCACAGCCUCCCAGUCAGAAGAAAAGUACUUGCUGCACGAGUUAAUCUAACAUUCCGUAAAAUGAAGCCACCAAGCCAGAGAUAAGCAGACCAUUGUGAUAGGAAGGAAAUGGGUCAGAGAGUAACCAAGCCUGAUGCAGUUGUGAAUUAAUGGCAAACUGUAUUUUGCAUAGUUUUCACUUGUGUUCAUAUGCUAAUUUCAGAUGAGGGGCCAGUAUUAAAAGGGUUGUCUGAGUUCCUGCCCUGCACCUUCAAUUUACAGCUAGAUGAGAAGUCACAAAAAGCGUGAAGAUGUCACCGUGUCAAAUGACAUGCUGCUACAAUAGUAAUGGCUGCUGUCAUCAACUACAGCUAGUCACUACUAAGUGUCGAUCACAGUGGGCUCGACCCAGCGAAUGCUUUGUUUGGUCAUUCUGACAACUGACUGACCAACUGCAGCCCACCUCAUUUUGGUUAAAGGGCCCCCUGCUACUCACGAGAACAGGCAUCUGUGUUUCCCAAGACACACAUGCGUGUCCCCUACAACAUUCAACUCUAUACGGCGGGUGUUGAUAGCAAGCACUUGUAUUCAACGAUCUUCAGCAGCCUCAGCAUGCAAGUGUGUCUGCCACUGCAUUCAAACAGGGGCCCCAGCAGUCAGACACUUAUCCCCAUAAGUUGUUGUAAUGGGAAAACCUCUUU